GUCAAAAGGUUACGCAAUCAGCCCACCACGCUGAGACAGCACAGACCUCUAGUGUGCUGUGGGGAGUGAGUUUGUGUGUGUGUGUGUGUGUGUGUGUGUGUUGGGGGGGGUGCUGAAUGGAAGUGGAUAAAGAGGAGGGGGGUCUACAGAGAGGGGCAACUCAGAGGGAAAAUCUCACUGUGGGCUGCACCAAAGAUUUCAGUUCCUCGUAUCUCCACCUCUCCAUGAAUGUUAUAUAUAUAUAUAGUGAAACCUGAAACAGGAGAAGGCCUUUCUUUGUGAUUGACUGGCUUUGUACAACAUUAUGAAAGGGCGCACAGAUGAAAUGGAGACCAAGGUGGAACCCUCCAACGGGCACAGCAGGCAGCUGGACAUUGUGCCCAGCACGGAGGAGAAGAUGACAGACAGGGGUCAGUGGGGCAACAAGAUAGAGUUUGUUCUGUCAGUGGCUGGGGAAAUUAUUGGCCUCGGGAAUGUCUGGCGUUUCCCGUACCUUUGUUAUAAGAACGGAGGAGGCGCCUUCUUCAUCCCAUACCUCAUCUUCCUGUUUGCUUGUGGGAUCCCGGUCUUCUUCCUGGAGACGUCUCUGGGUCAGUACACCAGUGAAGGCGGCAUCACCUGCUGGAGGAAAAUCUGCCCGCUGUUUGAAGGAGUGGGUUAUGCCACCCAGGUGAUUGUUGCUCUACUUAACAUCUACUACAUCAUUGUGUUAGCCUGGGCCCUCUACUACCUGUCCAACUCCUUCACCUGGGAUCUGCCCUGGGCAUCCUGCAACAACACCUGGAACACAAAUUCCUGUAUGGCAUUUCAGAGGGGGAAUAGCUCCAUCAAUCACCAUGAGAACACCACCUCUCCUGUCAUUGAGUUCUGGGAGCGAAGAGUGCUGAGAAUUUCCUCCGGUAUUGAUGACAUUGGCUCUCUGAAUGGGCACCUGGUUGCCUGUCUGGGCAUUGCGUGGGUCAUUUGCUACUUCUGCAUAUGGAAGGGGGUUAAGUCUACAGGCAAGGUGGUUUACUUCACUGCCACCUUCCCUUACGCUAUGCUACUGAUCCUGCUGAUCAGAGGGGUCACCCUGCCUGGAGCCUCCAGGGGAAUCCACUUCUACCUAUACCCCGAUGUGGGACGGCUGUCUGACCCACAGGUAUGGAUGGAUGCUGGAACUCAGAUCUUCUUCUCCUAUGCCAUUUGCCUGGGUUGCCUCACUGCCCUGGGAAGCUACAACAAAUAUAACAACAACUGCUACAAGGAUUGCCUCUCCCUCUGUUUCCUGAACAGUGGUACCAGUUUUAUUGCAGGUUUUGCAAUCUUCUCCAUCCUGGGCUUCAUGUCCUACGAGCAGAACGUGCCAAUCUCAGAAGUGGCUGAAUCUGGUCCAGGUUUGGCCUUCAUAGCCUAUCCUCGUGCUGUGUCCAUGAUGCCUUUCUCCCCUCUAUGGGCCUGCUGCUUCUUCAUUAUGAUUGUCUUUCUGGGACUGGACAGUCAAUUUGUGUGUGUGGAGAGCCUGGUGACAGCCAUGGUGGACAUGUAUCCUUCCACCUUCCGCCGUAAGAACCGCAGGGAGCUCUUCAUCCUGGCAGUGGCUGUGGUCUCUUUCCUCUUGGGGCUCAUCAUGCUGACAGAGGGAGGCAUGUACAUCUUCCAGCUCUUUGACUACUAUGCAGCCAGUGGGAUGUGCCUGCUCUUCGUGGCUAUUUUUGAGACUGUUUGCAUCGCUUGGAUUUAUGGUGCUGACCGUUUCUAUGACAACAUCGAGGACAUGAUUGGCUAUCGCCCGAGCCCUGUCAUCAAAUACUGCUGGCUUUACUUCACCCCUGCCACAUGCUUUGGAACCUUUGCGUUCGCCUUGAUCAAGUACUCACCCCUGAAGUACAACAAUGAAUAUGAAUACCCAUGGUGGGGUCAUGGCAUAGGCUGGAUCCUGGCCCUGUCCUCCAUGCUGUGCAUCCCUCUGUGGGUAGCAGUGAAACUGUACUCCACCCCUGGAACACUGAGAGAGCGCUUUGUUUUCUUGACCACUCCCUCCACGGAGUUACCGAAGACAAAGCAAGAACAGGAGAGGCUGCUGGCCAUCUUUGCAGCAGACGGCGACAGCCUCCAUCAGAAAUCACCUCCCACCAAGGACGGAUAUUUCCCCGUCGACGAAAAAGAAUCUCAUUGCUAGAGACUUGAGGGAUGGAAUCAGAGCCUUGUACUGUAGGGGUCAAAGGUCACUCCUCAGCUUUUUCUGGCCCCGAACCCAACUUCCUCUGCAAUACCUCAGGCAAAGGUGGUGAAACAGGCACAGUGCAGACUUUAAGAGUCACACUCUUGCUGACUGGUGACUGCUGAGCUGCUGCUGCUUUCUCCCUCGUACACUGCCUUCAACAUACAGUAUGACGGCAUCAGCAUUCUUACUUAAAGAGUUACAUCUUUUGGAGAGUUGAAAAAAAAAUGAGGCCAUUGUUGUUACGCAGUGGCUAAGAAUUUACAUUUGAUCGUGUCUGCUUUCUAAGGAAGCAUUUUUUUCUUCUGUUAUGGACAUCUCUAAUGUUCAGUUAGUCUGACAUGACGUUCCGGUUAAUGAUGCUAACAUCUGCUGUGAACGGUCAAGAGGUGUCACGUGAGUGCACAGAUCAUGAAGG